CCAGACAAGUAAGUACCAUAUCGUCAGAUGAACAAGUUGAGACAGAAUGGACAUGAUGAAAAUAAAAUACAAGCACAGACGUUUUCAUUGCGGUGAUAAGAUGUUAUGAGAAGGUGUUACUGAUAGCUGGAACUUCCUUGAGCAUUAGGACUCAACAAGAUAUUGACAACAAGCUGGCAGAGGCCGAGGAGAGACGCAAGGUACAAGAUAAUAUCAUAUUACUCAUGCAACUGCAUCCCUGAAUACUAAGCAGGACUUUUGUAUGCUAAUCCAUCUCAAUCCCCAAACGAUUAGAAAUUGGAGGAGGAGCGAGUCCAGAAGGCGCACGAGAGCGUGAAGCACGCCAAGCAAGUCUCGGAAAAGAACAAGCACGAUGCUGACUUGAGCCGGGACGAGUCCAUGGACCGACUUCGUGAGAAGCAGGAAAGUGCCGAACGAGCUCGUCAAGAGCAGGAGCGUCAACGUCUAACCAAGUUAGAGGAGCAUUCCGCAAAAGUCGCUGGCUUCCACAAAGACGAGAGCCAAGCGCGCGACAACGAGAUCCGAGAGAUCAAAGAAAAGCUGGAGCAGGCCGAGGCCAGACGCAAGGCUCUCGAGGAUGAGAAGCGUCAAAAGUUGGAGGAGCGUCUUCAAAAGGUGCAGUCGGUUCGUGAUGCCGACACAGAAAAGUCCCAAUAUGAGCAGCACAAGGCCGAGCUGGACUACAAGAUGAAAGCCGUGGAGCAGCGUCGUCAGGAGCUCGAGAACUCGUUGAAAGAGAAGAUGCAGGCUAGACAAGCGCUUGCAGAUCAAGUCCGUCAGCGCCAGCAGCAGGAACAGGCAGCAGGAAAGAGUGCCGCGGCAGAAGACACCAAAUAAGAAAACACCACAACUAAACAUAUCUGGCUACUGCAAUGGGCACAGAAGACUGUUCCAUCUGUGAUAUUAUCUGCAUGAAGCGAAUAAAUAGCAGACGCCAUUUAUCAUUUU